AAAUAUGUCGCACAGCAAAGAUAAGGAAUAUACCGAAAAUCUUUCCGUUCAUAGAAAUUCAACUCUGCAUGAUAGCCAGGAACUUCAUGAUGAUAGUGAUACAACUCACAUCCCCUUCUUAACUGAUGAUAGUAUCCAAAGGUCCGUACAGAAAGAGGAUGGCACUGAUAAGGGAUAUGCUUGGUUUAUCUUGAUAGUUAGUUGUAUCGUCUACAUUAUUGUGCCUGGUAGUGUAAAAUCUUUUGGUGUGCUGUACACAGAACUGUUAGACUACUAUGAUGGCGGAGCUGGAAAUACGGCAGGAAUUCCGGGAGUCCUUUUAUUUCUCUACUUUGGACUAGCUCCUGUAUCCAACUAUCUUGGUGAAAGAUAUACAUACAGAGUGGUAAUAGGGAUAGGAAGCUGUUUAGUACUGAUAGGUCAGACUGCAAGUGCGUUUGUGCCUCAACUAGAAUUCCUUUAUCUCACCUACGGGAUAAUUACAGGAUUGGGAUGUGGAUUAAUCUUUGGUCCGUGCUCUACUAUCCUGAGUUUCUAUUUUGACAAAAAGCGGGGUUUAGCAACUGGAAUAAUGGCAUCUUGUAGUGGCAUAGGCAAUAUGUGCUUUCCGUAUAUGUACAAGUAUUUGAUUGAAAAAUACGGCCUUCAAGGCACUAUUUUAAUAGCUGGAGCAAUAUAUUUCCAUGUUUGUCCUGUCAGCAUGUUUCUUAGACAACCAAAAUAUGUAACAAGACAAAUACAAGAAAGGCAACUUUCAAAAGCACGACAGAAAGAAAUGCAAAAAUGCGGAGCCUUAAAACGAAUAUUUAGAUUUGAUCUCUUCAAAAAUUCAAAAUUUACAGUGUAUCUUACGGCAAUAUGCUUACAAGCAGCAAAUACUACAUCAAAUAAAGUUAUUUUACCGGGCCAUAUUCGAGGUUUGGGUUUUGGUAUUGAAACCAUUACGCUAGCAGUUUCUUUAUUCGGUGCAUCAGAACUUGUAGGGAGGAUAUUAUUAGGAUGGUUUGCAGAUAAAAAUGUUAUAUCUAGAAUUACCAUAUUUAUGAUUUGCUCUUUUAUAUAUGCUGUCACAGCAUUUUGCAUGCCUUACUUGCCCUACAAGCCGGCCGUAAUAGCUUAUGCCGUUGUUAUAGGAGCUUUUUCUGGAUCAAUUUGGGGUUUAAACCAAGUAAUUAUAAUUGAUUGUGUUGGGCUAAAACAUUUGUCUCCAGCAUUUGGUUUGUAGUCGAUGUGUAUUGGUAUAGUCAUAUGUA